CGACGCGGUCCCUUACUUCUCAAGGCCGAAUCGAUUUUCUGCAACGAAUCUCCGGCACGCCGAUUCCCGGGCUCACGAUUCCUGCCGCGACCGCACUCCGCGUUCGUUCCGCGCUCGUUCCGCGUUCGUUCCGCCUUCUCUGGGGAAGCCACGGGGCCGGGAGACGCCGGCACAGCCGCGACGUCUUCCUCGGGAGGCACGGAGGGGAGGGAAAGGAGGCGGACGGAGGUGGGUCGUGGUACAAUCGCGGGAAUCGAUUCUCGCGCCUGCCGCGUGACGCUGCCUUCGCCGUGCCGGGAGUCGCCGCUUCCAUCCGUCCGGUCUCCGCCGCGAGGUUUGCAGCUUCGCGCAGGCACCGCCACGCGGAGGGCGCACGGAGCCGGCGCCAUGCAGCCGGGCGGCAUCGCCUCGCCGGCCCUCGUCAGCUUCUGUGUUUACAACCCCGGCUUCGGGCCGCGUGAGGGCGAGGAACACAAGAAGAUUCUGUACUAUUUCCCUUCCGAAGUCAACAUUGACGAUAAAAUCCGAAGUGUGGGACUUUGUGAAGCCAUCGUCCAGUUCACAAGGACGUUCUGCACGGAGGAGCCGGCGCAGGCACUGCACACGCAGACGAACCGGCAGCUCUUCCUCGAGGCCGAGGAGAACUUCUGGAUGGUGAUGGUGGUGAGUAACCCCACGUUGGAGAAGCAGGAGAAGGAUGGACCGCGCACGCGCGAGUACCAGGAGGAGGAGCUGCUUGACAAUGUCUACAAAGCUGUCCUGCAACAGAGUUACAGCAUGUACAAGCUUUUCAAGGGGACGUUUGAGACGGCCUUGGCUGCAGGUGGAGUGGAGACUCUCAAACGGCGUCUGCACGAAUUCUUCUCGCGCUACCUGCCUACGCUGCGCCUGGCGCAGUGCGACCUGCUGGACGCCCUGGGCGGCAUCACGUUCUUCCCGCUGGACAAGAUGACGUACCUCAAGGUGCAGUCGUUUGUCAACCGCGUGGAGGCCGCGCUCAGCGCCGUGUCCUGCACGGCCUUCCUCUACCACGAACAGCUCGUGUGGAGCGGUUUGGAGCAAGAGGACAUGCGAAUUCUCUACAAGUAUCUCACCACGUCGCUGUUCCCCAGCACGGUGGAGGCGGAGCUGGCAGGGAAGGAAUCUCCCAUUCGCAGCGGCAGCCCCACCAACCUGCAGCACUACGGCAGGUUCCUGCUGGGCCCCAGCAGCCUGGCGGAGCCGGGCGGGUCGGUGCGCGUGCCCCGCAUCUUCGUCACCACCAACACAGCGCCCCAGGAGCUGCACCUCAUAGUCUACAAGGCGCUGAGUGCGGCCGUGUGCUUCAUGGUGGACGCCUCCGUGGAUCUCACCAUCGAUUACUUCCGGGAGCUUGACCGGCUGGUGGGUCCGCAGCUAACGCUCCUAGCCUCCGACAUCGCGGAGCAGUUUACGGUCAAUCGGCGCGCCGCGACCGACAAGGAGCCGCAGUUCAAGUUCAUUUACUUCAACCGCAUGAACCUGGCAGAGAAGACGACGCUGCACGGACGGCGCGCAGCGCACGCUAUGGCGCCGGCAAAUGCGCCGCCCGAGCUCAUGCGCAUCUUGGGGGACGUGCACGGCGACUUCACCAGGGCCAGCGAGGACGAGGAGGUAGUCGUGAAGGCCAUGUCCGACUACUGGGUGGUGGGGAAGAAGUCUGACCAGCGUGAGCUCUACAUCAUCCUCAACCAGAAGAACGCCAACCUCAUCGAGGUCAACGAGGAAGUGAAGAAGCUGUCUGUCACCCACUUCAGCAAUAUCUUCUUCCUUGACUGAGGAGGACAACGUUGGAUGUGGAACGCCGCUGACGUUUCCUUGCCACUCUCGAGUGGCGUCCUCACCGGGCGAGCUUUGUGUGGCUUCACUUGCACCGAGCCAUUCACUCAAAAAACAUCACGGGUAAAUCAGACAGUGGAAUCCACACAAUUCUCAUCUGUAAAUUGCAAGGAACCCCAUCUAGACCACCAACUCAAAAUAACUAUUUGGCAGUUUUGUGGUUGAGAACCACAACUCAAAGAGCUGAGGAAAUGUGGCUGCGCAGUGUCCACGAGUGCAGAGAAGCGGCGCCCAUCGCUCGUGCGGCACAGCGGCACAGGCAACACUGGCGGAGCCGCGUCGCCCGCUCGCUCGCCCGCCACCUCCUUGCCCCCCUCCCCUGCCCAUCCAACCAUUGCGUGGAUUCUCACGAUUCAGGGGCACCCCCAUUUGUGUCAAGGAUUAGUUCGUGUCCAUUUUUUUGUCUUGCUUAUUCCGCCUAGUUCUCUCCAUUGGCGCAGCUGUAGAAUGCACUGCAGUUUUCUUCAAUGACAACAGAAUGGUCCUCUCAUGCACUCACUCGUUUGUCGCGAUGUUACAUGGCCCACGGAGACAUUGCUCUGAUCACCAAACCCUUCCAGUAAACUAAACUAUAAUUUAAGGUUACAUUUUAUAUGUAUAUUUCUUAAUAAUUUUGUAAUCAUAGUUGUAUUCUCGGUGUCCUGUAAUUGGUGACCGAGCUAUGAGCUUGCCAAACUUGAGCAUUUAAUUACAGGUUGCUGGAACCUGGUUUCAAACCCCGGGUCUCAGCGGUGUUAGCUCAGCACCCUGGCCUCUGAGCCACCCGGCCAUCUCUAAUUUUGGAGCUAAUUAUGAAGCUGGAGUGAGUUGGUAAUUCAGCAACGUUGCAGAUAAACUUCUCUCUACGAUCAUGAAUCAUACAACUUGAAACCUUAAAUACAUGGGUUUGCUAAAUCAGGUCUUUGCUAUACAGUACUUUAUUUAAAAUUAUCCGUUCACUCGUGUAAAUAAAAUGCUGCCAUACUAAACUCAAGUUAAUGCCGAGCUUUGUUGUAAACCACGAUGUCUGUCGCAAUAAACGAGCCACGUGGGGAGGCUUGCACAACUU